AAAGAGACCUCCGAGAAGCGAAGAUAUACCGAGCCGUCCAACCCCGUAGAUAACCGUCCUACGAUCCUUGCCGAUCCAUACCCCGCAUCCACGUCGUGUCUCGCCGGACAAACCGACUCCUCCGUCCGGCGCCACAAAAUCGCCCCUCUCCCUUCCCUCUAUACGUACAAGAUAAGGAACGGUUUUAUUCACUCCGGAAGGGCCCUGAAACUCCUUUCGACGGGGCAAUGCGGACGAAUGGGUUUAUCUGGCUCGCUUUGAGCUGCGGCCCGGCACUCGUUCGAGCCUGUGGUGGCCAUGAUCACGACCACCCGGUUCGGAAAUGGAGCCAGGAGGAACUCGACGAACUAGAGAGGAAGUGGGGGGCCGAAUUUGGUUUUACCGGCAUCACCACGUUCGCCCAUCUACAGUACUAUAAGUGCCUCACGACCCCGAGCGAGCCGUUCGACAUCGGCAUCAUAGGCGCCCCAUUCGACACCGCCGUCAGCUAUCGUCCUGGCGCCCGCUUCGGGCCCCGCGCGAUCCGCGCAGCCUCGGCGCGGCAGACGUCCUUCCGGGGCUUCAACGCGCGGGCCGGGUUCAACCCGUACCAGAGCUGGGCGCGGAUCCUCGACUGCGGCGACAUACCGGUCUCACCGUUCGACAACGCGGUGGCGAUUCAGCAGAUGACGGCGGCACUCACGGAGCUGGGAGGCCGGGCGCCCGCCGUCGCAUCCGACGACGGGGGGGAGGGGUCCGCACCAUCACCGCCGCCUGCGUGGUGGCCGAAGCCGAAGCUCAUCACGCUUGGCGGCGACCACAGCCUAUCGCUGCCGGCACUGCGCGCGCUCAACGCCGUGUACGGGCAGCCCAUCCGCGUGCUGCAUUUCGACGCCCACCUCGACACCUGGCACCCGAACAAGUACCCGAGCCACUGGGCCUCGGAGCAGGCCAGCUUCAACCACGGGUCCAUGUUCUGGCUCGCGGGGCGCGAGGGCCUGAUCGUGGGCGGCACUGGGCCCAACGCCACCCGCGGGAGCGGUACCAAGGAGGACACGCGGCCGAGCGUGCACGCGGGCCUGCGCACGCGGCUCUCGGGCAGCGACUUUGGGGACUACGAGGACGACACGGCGCAGAACUGGGUGCGGAUCGAGGCGGACGAGGUAGACGACCCGGACGCGGCGGCGGGGCGCGGCGGGGUGCGGGGCGUGACGGCGCGGAUCCUGGAGGCGCUCGGGACCGAGGACCCGGUGUACCUGUCGGUGGACAUCGACGUGCUGGACCCGGCGUUCGCUCCCGGAACGGGGACGCCGGAGCCGGGCGGGUGGACGACGCGCGAGCUGAUCCGGGUGCUGCGCGGCCUCGAGGGGCUGAACGUGGUGGGCGCCGACGUGGUCGAGGUCGCGCCGGCCUACCAGGGCCCCGGCGAGGAGACCGCGCUCGCCGCCGCCCAGGUCGUCUACGAGCUGCUCACCAGCAUGGUCAAGCGCGGCGUGCGGGAUCGCGAGAGGGCCCCCGCGGCGCUAGGGGCCGGGGAGAAGAUCGGAAAGGGCGGGCGAGACGAGCUAUGAGAUAUGUCUGUCUGGCUAUAUGGGGCGAGAAUAGGGGGUGCGUUGGCGGGUUAAAGAGCCGGCCGGCUGUGUCGUAAUUUACUUGUAGUUAUAAAAGGAGACUGAACUAUGCACGAUUGAAAGCUGGAUGGGCUAACCUUCCCCCUUAAGCCAUGAUUCCCCACCGUUCCAUAUCAGCCUUGAUUCCGCGUCGGCCUCUUAAGUGUGACUCUAGUUCAGCUUUUGACCCGGUAAGUCCCCCGUCGGGGGGGUUAUACAAAAAGCCGGCCGGAUCCUAUACUGC